AAAGCCCUCCCCGGGGCAUUUAAAAAUGUAGCGGAAGGGGGAGGUUAUUCUCUUUUUUAAAUGCGGAGUGUCUGUUUUUCGGAGGAAAGGGUGGCUGACGGCUUCUGACGAGCAUGGCGCACUUCGAGUUUGAAAACGACCUGCAGAAUAUCCUCAAGCUGGACAUGCCCAUCACAAACGCGCCCAUGGCCCGCUGGCAGCGCAAGGCGAGCUCCACCUCAGGGGCCGGGCAGGGCUCGCUCAACAGCAGCAGCGUCUCGCCUGGCAAGUCGAUGAGCCGCUCCCUGAGCUUGUCCAAGACGCCCGCGAAAACGCCAGGUCGAAACACGAGCAAGGCCCAGAACACCCCCUCCAAAGCUGGGGGCGACCGCUACAUCCCACACCGGAAUCCCAAACAAAUGGACGUGGCCAGUUUCUUGAUGAGUAAAGAGAAUGAGCCGGUGGAGUCUUCAUCUUCAGGCAACCAGAAGGCCUGGUCUGUGAACCUCAAUGGUUAUGAUGUUGAGGAUGUCAAGAUCUUGCAUUUAGGAGGAAACCCCAUGAAUGCACCAGAAGGCUAUCAGAAAAACCUGAAAGUCCUCUAUAGCCAGGGAGCCACACCUGCUUCAAAUAAAAAGACGAGCCGAUACAUCUCCUCUGUGCCGGACAGAAUCCUGGAUGCUCCCGAUCUCAGGAAUGAUUUCUAUCUGAACCUCAUUGACUGGAGCAGCCAGAACGUAAUGGCUGUAGCUCUGCACAACAGCGUGUACUUGUGGAACGCCUCCACGUGCGAGAUUACCCAACUGAUGAAACUGGAGAAUGAAGAGGACUACAUCACUUGCGUGUCCUGGGUCAAAGAGGGAAACUUCCUGGCUAUUGGGACAAGUGAUGGGAAAGUGCAGCUCUGGGACGUGGAUUCUCAGAAGCGGCUGCGAAGCAUGGCGAGCCACACUGUCCGUGUUGGCUGUCUAAGCUGGAACAACCAUAUUCUGUCCAGUGGUUCUAGGUCUGGACACAUUCAUCAUCACGAUGUCCGAGUGGCCAAUCACCAUGUGGCUACCUUGGCUGGCCAUUCACAGGAGGUGUGUGGUCUGGAGUGGUCCCCUGAUGGGAAAUACCUAGCCAGCGGGGGCAACGAUAACCUGGUGUAUGUAUGGCAAGGAGUGCAGGAGGGCACAACCCAGUCUGCACUGCACACCUUUAACCUUCACCGUGGAGCAGUCAAGGCAGUAGCCUGGUGCCCAUGGCAGCCCACCACACUUGCCACAGGUGGUGGCACAAGUGACCAACACAUACGCAUAUGGAAUGUAAACUCAGGAGCUUGUUUUUUAUACAAAGAUGUACAAUCACAGGUCACAUCCCUGGCAUUUUCAUCAAACUACAAGGAACUGAUUUCUAGCCAUGGAGAUCCACUUGACAGCUUGAUCAUCUGGAAAUAUCCUGCUAUGACUAAAGUCACAGAGCUUGCAGGACACCAGGGAAGAGUGCUAACGAUGACGCUCAGUCCGGAUGGCUCGACUGUGGCAUCUAUAGCAGCGGAUGAAACGGUGCGCUUGUGGAAGUGUUUCGAAUUGGAUCCUUUGAAGAAAAAAGCCAAGGAGAGGACUGCCAAGUCAACCGGUAGCAUAAUUCACCAUGGAAUCCGAUGAGCACUAAUUCAGACUUGGGGUGGGGAAGAUGGGUUAUUACUGAUGUUCAGUUUUAAUGUCAAUUAAAGAAUUAUGGUGGUACACCUGUAUGAUGAUGGUAGCAGAGGGAUUUUCACACCAGAAGGUGUCACUGUUAUUAACAUUUGCUGCUUUUACUUUGUCAACUUUUUAUUGGAAAUAAAUCUUUUACUACA